GAUAGCUGCGCAACAUGGUCUUUCCGGCAGUUUCAAAAUUACAAUACUAAUUUACCCAGCAAUUUGUUAUCGACCGUUUCCUUAGUGUUCAGAUGUACUUUUCAAUAGGAAUUUCAAAUGGAUAUACUAUGCUUUCCAUUAAAAUAACAGUUCUACGCGGAUUAUCCGUUUUCCUGAGAAUCUAACAUUAUUCGCACUGGUGUUAAAUGUUGGUUUCCAUAAAUUUUUCAUCGUUUACGGGAAAUCAUUGAUGAACUUCUUCACUCAAUUUCUUGAACUGUGGAACUCACGCUUUCCUGGAGAUAACAAAGCUCCCCAGCUGGAUUGUUUGAAAGCUGACCAGUUCAGCUCUGUUGCUGAUCAAAAGCGUGCUUUGGAGGAACAUUCAUGUAAGCUGUCAAUGUCAAUCGAAGAACUCAGACAAAAGAUUGACUACGAUGCUUUUACAAACGAAUAUUUACAGAAGUGUAUACAAAAGCUUGGUGCUAUAUCACAAGUUUUCAGCGAGUUUGAACAUGUUGGUCCUAAGGUUUCCGGAAGUUCUAGUAGUCAACUUUCUCACAUUAGUAAUUUCCCUGGUGAUAUUUCGAGCAAUAUAUUUUCUCAAAAUACAACACCAUGCUUUACGAACAAUCCUUCUAACUUUUCUCUGCUUCCACAAUGCAUAGCAUCAAGUCUUAUCAACUCAGCAUCGCCGCUUCUUGCAGCUGUAGCAACGUCUACUGCCCCUUUUUUAUUUCCCUCGACAUUGACACACUUUUCCUGCCCAGAUGUGAUCAAGUCUGAUCCGGAUCAAGUUUCACAAUCCAAUAGAUCACGUGGUUCAGGGGAUCAUUGUCUUGUUCAAAAUCAUGAACACCAGUCAUUUGAGCUCACCCCAUCUCCUAUUCACAACAACUUGUUUUGUCCCGGGACAAAUUAUCCUCCUCCAACGGCAUCUCGACCUCUGCCCCAUGAAACAGGAAGCUGUGUUAAGUCUGACUACUCGGGCAGACUAAACGAUGGUUUAACAGGAUCAACUACGGACGCUCAGGCGGCAGCUGCUGCUGUAGCGGCUGCUUUUGGACUCAAUUUUACUAGUGGUGGUCCACUUACUGGUAGCAACAAUGUGAUGGGCUUUAAUAAGCAAAGAAAUCAGUCUGGCUCUAGUCUUCUCCAAAUCUCGCCAAUGAGUUCUAUCAACGGUGUAGAUGGGAAGGAAGAAGAUAGUUCAGUCGAGCGUCCUUUCCAAUGUAUGACAUGUUCGAGAAGUUUUUCUGUGAAGGCAGGUUUGGUACAACAUAUGCGCACACACACAGACGAGCGGCCGUACCCAUGCCUUCACUGCGGACGAGCUUUCAAGCAAAAAAUUCAGCUCACCACACAUAUGCGUGUACAUAGUGGUGAGCGUCCUUAUGGUUGCCGUUUAUGUGGUAAAUUGUUCAGGCAGCAAAGUCAUGUGGUUCAACACCUACGAACUCAUACAGGAGAAAAGCCACAUAAAUGCUAUCAAUGUGGUAAAGCUUUUCGUCAAAAAUAUAGUCUUAUUUCCCAUCAGCGUCGCAUGUGUCGCAAUCGUUCUGCUUCUAACCCUAUUGCAGCAGGAAUGACCAUGUGGAUAAGUCCAGGAGUGGAUGGUGAUACUGGUAAUCUCAUUAAGGAAUUCUCUCCUAACAAAGGCAAUUCGUCGAUCGCAAGUCCGAAUGCUUCAUUGUCCACUCCAAUCUCAGUUAUGACGUCUCUCCAAUCGCCUCCAUCUCCAUUUCCUUCCUCACCGGUGUCUAAUGCUCACGCACUUCCACAAAACCAGUUUCAGACUCCAGUUAACAUAAACGGUGAUUCACAUCGGGAAAAUUCAGUUACAACGAGAUCUCGUUGCAAUUCUCUAUCAAAAAGCAAGUAUGAAUUACAGGAUUGGUCUCGUUCUCUUUCAAGGCAUCCAUCACGCCUAACAUCAGAAGAUGAUCCUAUUCAUAGUCCUAGAACUUCAAGGUCCAGCGCACUUCAAGGUCAUGCUCCAAUGGGACUUACUUAAUAGAAGUCAUGAAGAUUCUCGUAAUUCAUAAUGAUUUAGAAUACAUAUAAUUUCAUUUUUUGUCGAAUUAUCAACUUUUUAUAUUAAUAAUGAUGUUUUGUUUUACAUAAUUUUACCAAACUUACAGCUGUUAUAAGCCAAAGCCCAAUAUUAGGCACACAUUGGAUGCAAUGAAGUUUUCCUUUUUAAAAGAUUGUUGAGGCACCCACUCGAACACUUUCACCUAUAAAAAACAAUUUCGAUUAUUUUGUCACUGUCUCAUUCUUUUGCUUCCUACUGUUAUGAUAAUGAUUCUUACAAUUUCUGUUAUAUCUAAUCAGAACUGCGAGAAUUAUUUUAAAUAUCUUCUGUUCACUCUCCAAACUUUCCACCUAUAAGUGGAUUUCAAUCACUCGCGCACGAAAAAACCUGCUUCUAUUUUGUAAAGUGCUUUCAAAAUCUUUUUGCUUCACUGUUUUCCCCAUCAUCAAUUGAUUGAAAAUGUUUCAGCCAAGAUACACAAGUUUCAUCGAAUUAUAUGUUAUAAUGGAUGAAACUUUAAACAAAUCAGUUUAAGUUUCGAUAUUUUUGAUUAAAACAGAGUGACACAUCUACAGUAUAAUGCGAAGCAAAGUGUUCUACAGAUGAUCAAUAAAUCUUAAAUAUGGAACUAACAAAACACUUCAGAAGAGAAAAAACCCUAAAUCAAUGAUUCUUAGUUCGAUAAUGUUCUUAUAUCCAUCUGUAAAAAGUUGUUGGAAUCACUGAAAUUAAUAAAAGAGAGAGAAGAAGAAGAAAGAGAGAAACUGAUGGAGAAACAAAGACAUGUAUGCUAUAUGAAAAUAUUUAUUCAUGCAUUUUCAUCUUUUUUAAUUUUUUUUUAAAAACAUUAUUGAUACUACUGGAAAUAUUGGGAAGAUGAUAUAAGCCAGUUACGUAUAUAUAUUUCAAUUUAAAAUUUUAUUCAUCAUUGUUUAUUUCUUUUCUUUUCCUCAUAUGAAUGGUCAGUUCCACAUUACGUACUUUAUUUAUAUUAUAUUCAAACACAUAUGUGUAUGUAGUACAAUCUAUUUGCUUACUAUUCAUCACAUAUGUUUUUCGAUUUAGCAUUAAAUAUGACCUCCUAUUACAUUCGUUUUGACCAGUACAUUUGGAAGUGUUUAUUUCGAUAACUACUUACUGAUUACUAUGAAGUUUGAGGUUGACAUUAAAAUUCACAGUAUUUUGUCUGUGGAACUCUAUAACUUUUGGUUGUAACAGAUUACAUUUAUUGUGUUAUUUCUAGACGGACAAAAAAUGUUUACACACUGUGGAAAUUGUUACUACCUUAUUAUUAUAUUCAUUGUAAUAGCACUUAAACCCUACCUCAUUAAAUAAAACAAUCUAGUAAGAAAACUGUAUAAUGAGUGAGAUAAUUUUACGAAUAGUUUAUAAAAUGAGGUAGGUUGUGAGUAAAU